AUGAUGUGCGAAGUGAUGCCCACCAUUUCUGAGGAUGGGCGCAGAGGAGGAGGAGGGGGUGGGGAUGAAGGAGGAAGCACGGGCAACCUGGAGUCCCUGAUGGUCAACAUGCUGACGGAGAGGGAGCGUCUGUUGGAGAACCUACGGGAGACGCAGGAGAGUUUAGGCACAGCUCAGCUUCGCCUCCGAGAACUGGGACACGAGAAGGAGUCUCUACAGCGGCAGCUGUCCAUCGCACUGCCACAGGAGUUUGCAGUUUUGACGAAGGAGUUGAACGUUUGCCGAGAGCAGCUUCUAGAGCGAGAGGAGGAGAUUGCCGAGCUCAAGGCGGAGAGAAACAACACACGUUUGUUGCUGGAGCACCUGGAGUGUCUGGUGUCCCGUCACGAGCGCAGUCUGAGGAUGACUGUAGUGAAGCGACAGGCGCAGUCUCCAGCAGGGGUCAGCAGUGAGGUGGAAGUCCUGAAGGCCCUCAAGUCCCUGUUUGAGCACCACAAGGCCCUAGAUGAAAAGGUCCGAGAACGGCUGCGCGUGGCCCUUGAGAGAGUGUCCAUGUUAGAAGAUCAACUUGCAGCAUCUUCUCAAGAGGUAAUCUCUUUAAGAGACCAAAUUAAAAGACGUCAACAAGGGGUGGACGGCGGGAAAGAUGUAAGGGAGGGCUCCAUGCAUCGCCUUCCUAAUGGCCCCUCCUCCAGCCUGGAGGAUGGAGAGCUGGAGCGGCAGAGAGAGGGAGAGAUAGAGAGGCAGAGAGCUGAACUGUCCCAGCUCCGAGAGAGGCUAGCCCUCAUGUGUCGACAGGUUGGUGAAAUAGAGGAACAGCUUGCGGCCGCCAGGAGAGAAGUGACGAAGACAGAGGAGGCCAAUCAGAAGCUGCAAAGGGAAGUCAAGGAGGCUCUAUGCCAAAGAGAGGAUAUGGAGGAAAGAAUCACAACACUAGAACGCAGGUACCUCAGUGCCCAAAGGGAGGCGACUUCUCUCCAUGAUAUUAAAGACAAGCUUGAAAAUGAACUGGCCAGCAAAGAAUCUCUGUACAGACAGAGUGAAGAGAAGAACCGGCAGCUCCAGGAACGUUUGGAUGAGGCCAAACAAAAGCUGCAGCAGACCCUGCAAAGGGCUGAGACCCUGCCUGAGAUCGAGGCCCAGCUCGCCCAAAGAGUGGCAGCCCUCAACAAGGCUGAAGAGCGGCAUGGCAACUUUGAGGAGAGACUUCGACAAAUGGAGGCCCAACUUGAGGAAAAGAACCAGGAGCUUCAGAGGGCGAGGCAGAGAGAGAAGAUGAAUGACGAGCACAACAAGCGUCUGUCAGAUACUGUGGACAAGCUCCUGUCUGAGUCUAAUGAGAGACUGCAGCUGCACCUCAAAGAGAGGAUGGCUGCCCUGGAGGAGAAGAAUGCACUUUCAGAAGAACUGUCAAAUAUGAAGAAGAUUCAGGAUGAUCUUCUUGCAAAUAAGGAACAGCUCCUUGCUGAACUGGAGCGCAUCCAACUGGAGCUGGACCAGCUCAGGGGCCGGCCUGGAUCCUCUUAUUCCAGAUCUCUUCCUGGCAGCUCAUCUGAGUUACGGUACCCCCAGGGAGGGGGCUCCCUGCCAGCAGGCUACGGCAACUCCUCAGGUGGUGUGGUGGUCAGGAGGACACACCGGGGCCGAUGGGGCAGCAGAGAUGAUAGUAAUAAGUAUGGUGACUGGGACAGCAGUGGAAUGCCAGGAUUUGAAGGUGGAGUGGAGGGAGGCUGCUCUGACGAUGAAGAUGACAGGGAGACACUGUUCGGCUCUGAGUUGCUAUCUCCCAGUGGACAGACAGAUGUCCAGACUCUGGCCAUCAUGCUUCAGGAGCAACUGGAGGCCAUCAACAAAGAGAUUAAACUGAUCCAGGAGGAGAAGGAGAGCACAGAGAUGAGAGCAGAGGAGAUCGAGAGCCGUGUGAGCAGUGUGGCUCUAGAUGCCCCUGCACUGCCCCCCUCGUCUCUGGGGGGUCGGGGCUACAUCACUCCCUCAAUCACCUCCUCCACCUUAGCGUCCCCCUCACCUCCUAGUUCAGGACAUUCCACCCCUCGCCUGCCCCACUCUCCUGCCAGGGAGACAGAACGACAGGUCCACACCAGAGGUGAAGAAUGCCGAGCUCUUGCCCUGAUAGACUCCACCCCUCCACCUGUUCCCCGAGCUCUGAGACUGGACAGAAUGACACAGGCUUUGAUCUUGUCUAUGUGUAGCCUCUCUGCUGAUGGAGCCACAACUGCUAGUCAAGAUUCCCUGCACAAAGCCAGCAAAAAGAAAAGCAUUAAGUCAUCUAUUGGACGUCUUUUUGGUAAAAAGGAAAAGGGAAGAAUGGGUGCCCCUGGUCGGGAAUCAGCAUCACUCGCAUCUACUCCAUCUGAUGACUUGGGAUCAGCUGACCCCUUAGGCUUAGCUAAACUUGGGACAGGAACUGUGGAAAAAGAUCGCAGAAGCAAAAAGAAACACGACCUGCUGGAGGAGGCCUGUCGUCAGGGUCUGCCUUUUGCCUCGUGGGACGGUCCCACUGUUGUUACAUGGCUCGAGCUGUGGGUUGGGAUGCCAGCCUGGUAUGUGGCAGCAUGCCGUGCCAAUGUGAAAAGUGGCGCCAUUAUGGCUAACCUUUCCGACACAGAGAUCCAGAGAGAGAUUGGUAUCAGCAACCCACUGCACAGACUCAAACUACGCCUGGCCAUCCAGGAAAUGGUGUCCCUCACCAGCCCAUCUGCUCCAGCAAGCACACGCUCUUCUACAAGUAAUAUUUGGAUGACACAUGCUGAGAUGGAGUCUCUCGCUGCUGCCACCAAACCAGAGCAGAAGGAGUUCAGCUGGGAUCAGAUCCUGGCCUAUGGAGACAUGAACCAUGAAUGGGUUGGAAAUGAAUGGCUGCCCAGUCUGGGUCUUCCACAGUAUCGCUCCUAUUUCAUGGAAUCUUUAGUGGAUGCUCGCAUGCUCGAUCACCUCACAAAGAAAGAACUGAGGGGACAACUCAAAAUGGUGGACAGUUUUCACAGGGUCAGUCUCCACUAUGGCAUCAUGUGUUUGAAACGCCUGAAUUAUGACAGAAAGGAGCUGGAGAGAAGGCGAGACGAGAGCCAGCAUCAGAAUCAAGAUGUGAUGGUGUGGUCCAAUGAGCGAGUGAUGUGCUGGGUUCAGUCUAUUGGUCUAAAAGAGUUUGCGGACAACCUGUUGGAGAGUGGGGUCCAUGGGGCCCUGCUGGCACUGGAUGACACGUUUGACUACACUGAUUUGGCACUUUUACUGCAGAUACCAAAUCAAAAUACACAGGCAAGGCAACUCCUUGAGAAAGAGUACAAUGCUCUCAUCUCCAUGGGAACUGAGCGGCGGCCAGAUGAGGAUGGCACAAAAACAUUCACGCGCUCUCCGUCAUGGAGGAAGAUGUUCCGAGAGAAGGACCUUCGCGGGGUGACUGCAGAUUCCGCUGAGACAUUACCUGCCAACUUCCGUGCCUCGGCCAUAGCUACUCCAUCAGUCACUCUGAGGAAAGUGCAGAGUGAAGCCAAUUCUGGUCAAAGAGCAGAGUCGGGGUCUGUCAGAACAUAUUCAUGUUAAAAGAUAAGCACAGCAGAAUCCCAUUCCCAACAAAAUCCAAGGUGAAAAAAUAUUUUGAAGAAAAAAUAACCUUAAGAAUCAAAAUAAAAAUGAACUCUAGAAGAAGAUGACCAACCUCAUUCGAGCCAAGUCUCGAAGAAUCAAAGACACUGAGUGAACGACUUGUGUAUAGAUGAGAAAAGAGUGAAUGCUUAUCCAUCUGUUUCUCUCCAUUUGACCCAUAGUUGUGGCAUGACACUGUUUGACUCUGUAGAAAGUGGACUGUAGAAAGUGACCAUCGCCUAUUGUGAUUUAAUUUUCUAUUUUUGAGUGUGAGGUGGCAGUAUUGACACAAUGAAUUUAUAGUUUUUUAUAAAUGGAGAAAUGCAUUCCUGUUGAGAAGAGGAAAAGGGUAAUGUGGCACACAUCCUUUCAGGUGAACUUGUUUUUGACGAAAAAGAACAUACUUCUUGAAACAUCUUAUACUAUACAG